AUGGGACAAGAUUAUUCGUACAGCCAGCCUUCUUCAUCAGACGAGUUCGACAUAACUUCCCUUCUUCAAGCAGAAGCUGAACUGUACGCGGAUGAAGCUGACAGUAGCUACAAUAUGGCAGAGCCGUUUCAGUACCCACCUCAACCUGAGGCUGAUGAUGGAAUCCCGACGACUUGCUACUGUGGUGGUGAGCCUGUUGUCGCAACAUCUUACACCUCUAAAGAUCCAGGCAUAAGGUACUUCACGUGCGACAAUGCUGAUGAUGGUGACUGCCAUGUUUGGAAAUGGUGGGACGUGGCUGUGAUGGAGGAGAUGAGUGACUUUCAGAGACAACUUAGGGAGCUUAAGGAUCAAUCUGUUGUGAAUGCAUCGAAGCUGGUUAAGCUUGAGAGGACCGCUGGUGAGUUAUCAAAGAAGGAAACAGAGGUUAUACAUGGCUUCGCAUUGGAAGUUUAUGUAAUGGUCUGUGGGUUAGUUUUAAUAGGCUUGGCGGUCAUGUAUCUUGAUGGAAGAGCUUGA